ACUAGGACGCUGCCGGAGCCAAAGCCGAACAAACAUACGCAUCCCCAGAGACAGUGCAGAGGCCACAAGGGCCGUAUGUCGGAAUUGCAACCAGGACCAGAGCCCCAACAUGGGCUGUACAUGCUGUUCCUUCUCGUGCUGGUCUUCUUUCUCAUGGGCCUCGUGGGGUUCAUGAUCUGCCAUGUACUCAAGAAGAAGGGUUAUCGCUGUCGGACAUCAAGAGGCUCAGAGCCUGAGGAUGCCCAACUCCAGCCACUGGAUGAUGAGGAUGUGAAUGAGGACACAGUGGAAAGGAUUGUCCAAUGCAUCAUCCAAAAUGAAGCCAAUGCUGAGGCCUUGAAAGAGAUGCUUGGGGACAGUGAAGGUGAAGCAACAGUACAGCUGUCCAGCCUUGAUGGUGCUCCUAGCCUGCAGGAUGGGACUCCAUCUCACCACCAUACAGUUCACCUGGGCUCAGCUGCCCCUUGUAUCCACUGCAGCCGAAACAAGAGGCCACCUCUCGUCCGACAGGGCCGAUCCAAAGAGGGCAAGGGUCGUACUAGGCCAGGGGAGACCACAGUGUUCUCUGUGGGCAGGUUCCGGGUGACACAUAUUGAGAAGAGAUUUGGGCUUCAUGAACAUCGGGAUGGCUCACCCACUGAUAGAAGUUGGGGCUCCAGUGGUGAGCAGGACCCAGGGGGUGGCCAGAGUUCUGGGAAAGGGUGGAUUGGGACUGGAACUCCUGCCACAGAGAAACUUCCAGCAUCAGGGCCAGAGGUUGGCAUCCUAUCUAGUUCCCCUGUACAGAAUGGGGGCCUCAGAGAAAGGAGCCUUGUCCCCUCUCUGACUGAGAGGCCCUCUGGAGCCAUGGAAGACUUGGAGGCAGCAGCCAGAGAGAGGGACACAAGGCCAGUGUUGACCAGAAGGGAAACAAAUGGACAGCCAGCCAAACUGGAUGCCUCAGAUCUGCAGGUGUUACCGCCAGGUGGCUCAAGAGGAGUGUGAGCUUCAUCUUCACUCCUUACUGCAAGGAUCUGUAGCUGGCUGGGCAGGGAAGAGGGGCAAGCAUGAAGCCCCCUCCUCACUCUGAGACAGGAUUGCCCUCCACGAAAACAGAACAACCCCUCUUCCCAGGGGCUGUAUUAUCUCAGGCUGGGAAUGCAGAGAGUGGUCCCCAGCCUCUCAAUCCCUUCCCUCUACUUCAUCUCCAGCUUAAGACAGGUCAAAGGUGAGGAGAAGUUGCCCCUACAUUCACCCCAGGCUCCCUCCUCCUCCAUCAACUUGCUCCUCUGCUUGAGUGUGGCAUUUGGGAGCAGGCCCCAUGCUCAAGAUGGGCACCUGAAGCAAUACUCCCCAUUAGACCUCCCUCUCAGCACACAAAAGCUCAGGCACUGGCUUGGGCUCCUUGCCCCUUUAUUGCACUGUCAAUAAAUCAGCUCGGACUAUUACA